AUGCUGCAACGAAAGCAGGUUCCGUUUGAGGUGUCUCCUGAUUCUCCUGCUCUGGUUGUGUUUGAGAUAUGGGACCAAGCCAUCGCGCCGGCAAUUCUUCUCCGCUUAAUAAACCAGGACCAGAGCAACAGUGACAGGGAAUGUUCCAUCUGUCAUGGUACAUCUGCAGAGGACACUGUCUAUUUAAAGUGUGAGCAGUAUCGCACUGACAUCCAUUUGCAGUGCAUGGAGAGUUGGCUCAAAGCAUGGUCAACUUCAAUCAACUUUGACUGCCUAAUAUGUCGAGAACACCAAUGGUUUGAUGUUAUCUACUCAGCUCCCGUAGCAACAAGACGGAGAAGAACAGCACCCAAGAGUCCUGAAGAGACUAUCACGGUCUCCAUGGAGGUCGCCUCAGGAGAAUCUCCUGCGCAAGCUCCACGUCGGUCUGGCAGGGCAAGGAGACCGCCUCAGCGCUAUGUGCCAGAGGCUUGA